GCCGACAAGUGGCGCGAUGAGCCACGUACCUUCCUUCGGGGACAAAAUGGUAGGUACCGAUACCUCUACUCCCCAGACCUCUCCUGGGGCGCGUGUUGACCAUAUUUUCGAGGAGAAUCCAAGCGUGGUGGGGACUCUCCAGGACGAGCAGCGGCAUCGGCUUAUUUUUGUCAUCUGGCCAUCGGCAGCCCCUGCGAAUGAGUGGUCGGGGAUGGCGCGGAGGCGGUGCCGGGACCCGAGGAGGCCAUAGGAGCCAGACUCCAGUUCGACUCCAAUGCGGCUCAAGGCGACGGACGCUCGACGCAGCAGCGACGCACGAGGUGAGCCAGCGGCUCGAGGCAGCUCCCCAGAACGGGCCUCUGACGUGAUCGUCGGCGUUCCUCCUCCUCGCGCGUGGACGCGAGGAGCUCGAGGAGGAACUCGCGAGGAGGAGCUCGCGAGGAGCACGCGCGAGGAGGAGGGGCAGGAGGAGGAGCGCAGCGCUGGGGCGCUGAGCUCCGCGUCGCCCUGCAGCGCGCGGCGGCGCGGCAGUUUCGCACUGUCCUCGGGGUGCACCGUGCGGCCACUGCGCAAGAGCCGCGGCGGCCGGCCGAGGCUGGCGGCCGAGGCGGCUGAGGCUCUGCCGGGGCUGCCGCUGCUCGCUGGGCGCGGCGAUGCGGCCCCACCUCCUUGGAUCUUCGCAACCCUCCAUCAUGGCUGCAUCUGUACUCGAAGAGCGCCGCUCAUCCGCUGUGCUAGACCGCCGGCAGCAAGAACUGAUGGUUGGCAAUUUAACGUUUAAAAGCAU